GUUGACGGGGUGCGUGCGUUGGUCUGGGGCCUGCACCUCUUCGCCUUGCUGAAGCUGUCGGGAUCUAUUUCCUAUGCAAACCAGCAAGAGUCUUACAUUGUAGGAUUGACUGUCAAAGUGGCUUUUCCAGCAAAUGCAGUUACAGUUUUUGUGUACUGCAGCUCGGUGACAGUGUUCUUCACAGUAAUAAAGGUGAUCAGUUACCGUCUACACCUUAUGUUUGAUAAAGGCGAAGUAAUUCAACAAAAGAUCUCAAGAAAAAAUGGAAGGCAAUGUAAAGAUGCAGAGGUCCCAAAAGGAAACACAGUUCAGCCCUCAAAUCGUAGCAAUAACACCAGGGAUAAUGAUGUUAUCAGUCAGACCAACCAAAAUGACUCUACCCAAACAAUUCAUGACAGUUCAAGGGUACAGGCUCUGCACUCCCAGAACUCACCUGGCAUAAUGGAGCUGCCAACACGGGAAACUAUUGAAGAUCUCAGAGGAGUUAUGGUAUUAGAAGACCAGGCUGCACCACCCGUUUCAUCUACCUCACCCUGUAUCAAAGCAGAUACAUUACCUGUUUCUACAGCCUCCGGUUCAGGUGCCACCACAUCAGCAAUAGUGACGAAACCAGCUGCUAUGGAAACACUGUCUGGUAAUGGAAUAAAUGAAAAAGGAGGGAAUGGACGGCCAUGUGGACAGCAUGGAUCCCAAGAUAUUCUUGUGGACAGAGAUGUAGCUAAAAACUUCUCCAAUAUUUCUUCAUCACAAGGUGAUAUUUUAAGGACUGGAGUUUCUUCAGAGCCAUGGGACAGUGAAAAUUCAGUUAUUUCAGACCAUUUGAGUAAUCCUAAAAGCUACAAAAGAGAGAAAUUGCCAGAUGGAUCACCACAGGCAGGCUUUACCAGUAACUGCCCACAGUGCAAUGCCAUUGCAGCCAAAGAUCCCAAGCACGUGGAAAAUUCUUGCAAUGCUGGUGAUACCCAUGAGGACCUUGACUGCUCAGACAGUGAGACUGCUGUUGCAGUUGUGGACAACUCUCUUCCUGGCGACCAGCUAUGUGAACCCAUUAAAAUUGUCAUCACAAUGAGUACUACACCAAACACCACCCUCAGUGACCUAGCAGGCUCUGUCCACUUAAAGGCUCUGGGAACUGAGAGAACGAGCUCAGCCCUUGAGUCUGGUGUAGUUACAGCAGGUUGGCCAAGUCGGCAAACUAAUGAACAGCUCAGAAUCCCCGUUAUCACUUUUGACUUGUCUGAUGACAGUAAAGGUAAGGCUUGCCCAGAAGUUAGUGAAAGUGAAAGAACUCCAGAAAUUUUAAAGGCAGAGCUGUUGUCCAACCACUGCUCUGGCUAUGAAUCGGGUGAUGCAGUGAAGGAACACAGCAAUCCAGCAAAUACUCCUUUAGAAACUAACACUUGUUCAGAUCCAAAUCAGGAUAAUGCUUCUGAAAAUGUGCAGACCGUGGAUUUAACUUCUAAGGAAGACCUGCAGAACCUAGACCCGCAGUCCUGUAGAACUGCUCAUGAAAAGAGACAUAUGCGGGUGCUGAGUGUAGACAGUGGGACAGAUGUGCUUUUAAGUAAGAAUUUCAUGGAGGUAUCUGACAAAGAAAAGACCUUACCAACUUCUAAAUCAGAUCUAGAAGCUAAAGAGGGACAGGUGCCCAACGAAUCUAACUUUCUAGAGUUUGUCUCCCUCCUGGAAUCCAUUAAUACCUCAAAGAUGAAGGCAUCUAAUCAAUCCACUGUCAAAAUGGAGACAACGAAGGAAAAUGGGCUUGUUGGAGAUAGCCAGAUGACGGAGAGAAAAGAAGAAAUGGUGGGAACAGAAAAGCACUGUGAGCAACUUCCUAAACAGGAAAGAUCAGACGUACAAAGCCAAGAUCGUGCUAGUACUAGUCCGGGGCUACCAGAGUCUGCCAAAUUUGCAGCACUUUACCAGGGCAACAGGCAAAGGCAGAUAAUCUACCGGGUAACUUCUCAGCAAGACAGUUCUGUCUUGCAAGUAAUAAGUGGACCUGAGGCGUCUGUGCAAGAUGAGCUAUCCGUGGAUGCAAUGCACGUGUUCAUAGAUGAAAAUGGUGAGUUUCUGUAA